AUGGCCAAGUUGGCCCAGUUGAACAUUAAAGAGAUAGUGAGGCUUCAUGGAGUGCCUUCAAGCAUAGUUUCUGACAGAGACCCACGGCCAUGUGAUAUUCGCUUAGGGAUUGUAGUGGACCCAGCCAAGGUCGAAGCAGUGGUACAGUGGGAGAGCCCUAAGUCUGCCACGAAGAUUAGGAGUUUUGUGGGGUUGGCGGGUUACUAUAGGAGAUUCAUAGAGGGAUUCUCCAAGAUAGUGGCACCUCUGACACUACUUACUCGGAAGGACCAACCCUUCACCUGGACAGAUAAAUGUGAUGAAAGUUUCCAGGAACUGAAGAGGAGAUUGACCAGUGCACCGAUACUAGUGAUCCCUGACAUAGGGAAGCCUUUUGAGGAAAAGAAGGUGGUGGCCUAUGGUUCAAGUCAACUUAAGGUUCAUGAGAGGAACUAUCCCACUCAUGACCUAGAAUUAGCAGCCACAGUGUUCGCCUUGAAAAUUUGGAGGCAUUACCUUUAUGGUGCUUAG